UCCUCCUCCUACUACUACUCCUACUCCUUCCCCAUCUCUUCCUCUCCCUCCUCCUUAUCUAACUCCUCCUCCUGACGCAGCUGUGAGUGUGUAGUGUCUCCCACGUUACUCACUGCUGUUGUGGCGACGACGAAGGGGUGACGUAGACACUGAGGAAAUUGUGAUUCGCGUUAUGGUUGUAAUGGUGACCCUGGCGGUGUGAUGGUGAACGGUGUUAUAAUAGUGAUAUAGUGUUAUGAUGGUGAACACGGUGUUAUGAUGGUGAUAUAAUGUUAUGAUGGUGAACACGGUGUUAUGAUGGUGAACACAGUGUCAUGAUUGUGAACACGGUGUUAUGAUGGUGAACACAGUGUUAUGAUUGUGAACACGGUGUUAUGAUGGUGAACACAGUGUCAUGAUUGUGAACACGGUGUUAUGAUGGUGAACACAGUGUCAUGAUUGUAAACACGGUGUUAUGAUGGUGAUAUAGUGUUAUGAUGGUGAACACGGUGUUAUGAUGGUGAACACAGUGUCAUGAUUGUGAACACGGUGUUAUGAUGGUGAACACAGUGUUAUGAUUGUGAUCACGGUGUUAUGAUAAUGAACACUGAAUUGUAAUGGUGAAGAGUGUUGUGAUAAUGAACAUUGCUAUAAAAAGUGAACACAGUGUACUUCUGCAGAACAUUCAAUACUUACCUUUAUAACAUAUACUCACUGAGAAGAACAUACCGUACAACUUAGAACUUUCUCUCACUGUCGUACUAAAGUUUUAUCCCUGGAAGUUUAUUUUUAUGUCAGGUAAUGAGGAGAUGAACCAGGUAUUUAGAGCAGGUUGUCAUACGGAUUCAGGCACCUCCUCAGUCAUCAACAGUGUCGUGUAAACUGCAGCAUCAACCACAACCACUACUACCACUACUACUACUACUACCACCCUCCAGCCCCAGUGACAACCAGUUGCCACUAAUGUACUAUAGCUUAAACUACCACCACAGCAAUAACCACAACUACUACUAUUCAUCAGCUAUAGUGACAUCCAAAUACCACCACUCUAGCUCCAACAACUACAAAAACUACCACCUACCACCACCACCACCACUACCUACCACCACCUACCACCAUCACCCAUCACCACUUGAGUCAUGUCCUCAUCGUGUGUACCUCCUAAGGGCUGUGUCGUCCAUAAUCACGACUCUUACAACUAUGACGACCACGACGACUCCUCUAGUGAAUGUGGGUCGCUCUGUACCUGCACCUCCAGCAGCAUGACCUCCUUGACCUCUUCCACCGUCAGUAGAGACCCCAGCAGACUUGGCCAAAACAGUGAGUCGUCUGUGUCCUUAGCCAUGCCCUCCACAGCCACCCUCACUGCCACACACACAGCCACCCGCACAGCCACAAACACAACCACACAAACAGCUACACAGACAACAGACAGCAGCAGCGGCAACCCGUAUAUAGUGGUGUUCGUGCCACCGCAGAUGGUGCCAGGGAGGAUACGUACCAGCUGCGGUAACUGUCAGAACCACAAGGCUCUCCAGGAAGCCCUCCGGACCUCUUUGAUGAGAGCGUGCGACUUCUUCCCGUGGGUAGCCGGGUUCGUCAUCAUCUACUACUCCUUCUACUGGUGGGGACUCGGGUCAGGGUUUUCGGCGAUCCUUUUCACGGUCGGGGCUCACGCCAUCAUCCGCUUCGUGAAGACCCGCGGCGUGCUUGAGUGCUCCUCCAUCAACUCCUCCCAGCCCCAGCAGGAGGAUGAUCCCUCCGAGGAGGACGAGGAGGAGAGCGAGGGUGAGACGCAGCAGAGAGGACAGGAGGAGGUCGUUACUCGGGACCUGGCCAACGAGAAGCCUCCAUCCUACGAAGCUGCCGUGGUGAAGCCUCCGCCCUACGACCUCCAGUUUCAUCUAACCCCCCGGCAAUCCCGCUGUCAGGCCGUCCUCAACCACCCCGACGACAAGAACGUCAUCAAGGUGGACUUCCUGACGGUGCCGACCCUUACGGUAGACAACACGAAGGAUGUGGAAGGAGCGCUCGACGACAAGGAGGACCUCUCCCUUCCCUCCUACCAGGACGCCAUCAGAUUAUCCUUCAGGAGUGAUAAGAGUUCAAUGGGAAAUCAAGACCGUGAGUGAGGAUGUGGCUUCUUCCAUGGCGCCAUCAGAUCAUCCUUCAGGAGCAACAAGAAUUCACAGGUACAGUAGAGACUGGAGUAACGAGCAAGAGGAGAGUCUUGGAUACCUCGGUCCACCUUCUUCUCCAGACGAUAAUUGUUGUAGUGUUUUCUAAUGGUUAUAUUUUCUACAAUUUUUCCAAGUGACAAGUUGAGGCGCUGUGAAUUGGAUUUUGAAACGCUGGAUUUGGGCAUAUUUGCUCGUUCAGGCCAAGGAACCAAUCAGAAGCGCCAGGAGACUGUGUAUCGACAGUUAACCAAUCAAAGACGUCUUCUAAGAGACUACGUAUCGACAGGGAGCCAAUCAGAAGCUCCAGUAGGCUACAUAUCGAUAGGAAACCAAUGAGAGACGCUUGCCAAGAGAUUAAGUACCUACAUGGAACCAAUCAGAAGUUCUCGGUAGGAUCUGUCAUACCACACAUCCCAAACUCCUAAAUUCCUUGGAAAUGAGUCUACUCACAUCCUAGAGUGUACUUGUACACGUGGCCAGUCUCUCAUGCAGCUGUAGUGUGGUGGCGGUAUGACACCGUGUGGCCAGACUAUCAUGCAGUUCAUGGGUGACAAUCACGGCAGGAAGCUUCAAGGUGUCGACACUCGCCCCACUGCAGCUGGUCGUAACAGAUGGGCCUCGACUCGACGUGUGUUAGGAGAUGAACCUCACACUUGACGACCUCGUCUCACAUUCCCAGAAGUUCCGUACGUUAAACUGAACCAAUUAAAGGUUUAUCUCAGGGGUUCGAGGAGGCCAGGAAACACGAUACAACAGUGAGUGAGGACCUGUUGUAUUGUAUGAAUCAUCAGAUGAUCUUGAGAUGAUGAAAUAGAUUCUCAAAGCACCGUAAGUUAAUUUUCCUCCCUUAACUAGAAAUUGGAAAAGGCUCAUACCGCUUCCCUGGAACUAUAACAGAAAUAUGACCGUCUGCAUGAUGGUCAAUAUUUCACCAAUAUAAGUUAUCGUUAAAUAAGGAUUCAUCUAAGGGCAAUCUGAGACUGUGAACGCAAACAUAUCGUCACUGGGAAGACAGGGCGUAUUAGUAACCACCGUAGACAGUGUACGAUAGUGGUGGUUCAGAUGGGCCCCAGUUCUAAUGGGCCCCAAACUCAUACAUUCUAACCCAUAGUCUCAUAGUCUAACCUUAAUAGGCCCCGGUUUCAAUAGACCUAAUGACCCCAAGUGUUGACCCCAGGAUAGAGGAAUGUGUAUAGCUUAACAGAAGGAGGAUUACCCCGCAUGACCAGCCAGUAACUGUGUCUGACCCGUCCACUACAUCACGUAAUACCUCCAACAUACCUGAAUGACGUCAUCAGUAUACCUUCAGCUGGAUGAAAAGAGAUGAAGAAAAGUAUGACGUCAGGAAUCGUCAGCUACCCGUAGUCCCCCCCCUCCCCUCUGACGCAUCGCUCAACCAGGCUCUAGGAACGCUUGCUAAGGUAUAUCGUCCAAGCAUUCGUCAGCGUUGAAGCCAUGACCCGGCACUCUGGCAAAAAAUACCUACCUACCUACCUACCUACAACACCUCACCCAUCGUAAAAAUUAAUGUAAAUAAUAUAAAUAUUUUUUUUUUUUUACGUUCAUCCAAUCUUUCUACCUAGGCAUGAUUGGCUGGGCAGGUGAGGAUAUCCUGGUAAUUAGCAUUCAGCAGCUAGCAGGUUACUACACCACCUUGACUGGAUGCUAUUCCACCCAAGGUUUGUUCCACCAUCGAGAAGUGUUGCCGACAGUGUACUCAUUUAUCUCUUGAGUGCAUCAAGAGUGAGUGUAAAGGCUGAUAACUGUGCAGGUAUCACCGUCUUGGUACACCUGAGAGGGUAGAAGGUGUGUGAGGGUAAUUAUAAACAGGUGGAUGGACGCUGGGCUCACCUGAUCUCUCUCUCUCUCUCUCUCUCUCUCUGUAGAUAAUGUAAGUAGCAGUAACACAAGACAAUGCAUUAAGUAAAGAGAGAUACUAACCGUGAGAGAGUGUAGUGUGACGUAGUUUAUAAGUAUUACUAUAGAAUGUAAAGUAUUUAAGUAUAUGUGGUGUUACAACAUCAAAUUGAGACAGAGUUUAUUUUUUUUACUAAGAACUGUAAUGUAUAGUGAGAAUAAACUGUCUUUAAAAUAUC